UGACAUCCGAACAAGAGGAAAUCAUGGUGCUAUAUGUUGAAAUAUGAGGAAUACGUUUAUAAAAUUUGAUUCACCCUGUGCUUACUGAUUUUAAGUACAGUGCGUCCAUACAAUUGUAUGCACACCAAGUUGGAAACAUUUAAAUUUGAUUUCAAUGGUUGAGAAUGAGGAAUUAACGGGCUCGGUCCGUUAUCGCCUCUAUUAGACUUUGCCGGGUAACGGGUAAAAAAUGUCUGGGGAUGAUGACGGGUAUCCCGAGGCUCAGCUGCUCACAGAGGCCGGACCAAACUGGCUGCGGGCUGAGAUUGAGCGUUUGUCCCGGGAGCUGAGCGAGACGACCCGGGAGAAGAUUCAGGCGGCGGAAUACGGGCUGGUGGUGCUAGAGGAAAACCAGCAGCUGAAACAACGCUUUGAAGAUCUAGAAAGCGAAUAUGAGACCGUCAGACAAGAGUUGGAUCAACUCAGAGAGGCGUAUGGUCAGGUUCACUCCACCCACAAAAAGGUGGCUGCAGAUGGAGAAAGCAGAGAGGAGUCCCUCAUCCUCGAGUCGGCAUCUAAAGAGGCAUAUUACGAGCAAAGAAUGCUGGAACUACAGACUGACCUACGGCAAACAAAAAACACACUCACCAGCACUCAGGCAGAGAACGAACGUCUGGCAACCCUCGCACUGGAGCUGAGAGAGAAUAAUGAGAUGGUGGACCUGCAACGCAAUCGUCUGCAUGACGACAUCCGGGAGUACAAGAUCCGAGAGUCGCGUCUGCUGCAAGACUACACAGAACUGGAGGAAGAGAACAUCAGCUUGCAGAAACAAGUCUCCACCCUCAAACAGGGUCAGGUUGAGUUUGAGGGACUCAAACAUGAAAAUCGGCGUUUGGAAGAGGAAGUUCAGUACCUAAACAGCCAGCUAGAGGACGCCAUUCAAUUACGUGAGAUAGCUGAGCGCCAGCUAACAGAGGCACUAGAAACAGUGAAGACUGAGAGGGAGCAGAAAGCAGCCCUUCGAAAAGAGUUGACACAUCAUAUGACCCUGGGAGAUUCACUCCUUGCCAGCUCAUUGGAUGGACUUAAAUUGAGUGCAGAUGAACCUAAUAACGAUGAUGCCAUUCUGACGUUCGAAAAUGGAUUUGCAAAAGUCUGUGAUGGUAAUGAUGAAGAUAACAAAUUGUCCACACCCAAGAGAGGUGAAAACUUCCGUCCUGCUCCAAGUCUGGUGGAUGACUUGUUGAGUGAGCUGAACAUCUCUGAGAUCCAAAAACUCAAGCAACAGCUCUUACAGGUAGAGCGAGAGAAGGUGGCUCUGCUCACCACUCUGCAGGAUUCUCAGAAGCAGCUAGAGCAUGCUCGAGGAGCAUUAGCAGAGCAGCAGGACGCUAUGACAAGACUCAGUGAUGAUUUGGGCGCCAUGAGAAAACUACAGGCAGGCAAGGAGCGUCAAUCAGCCCUGGACAGUGAGCGAGAGCGGGAUAGCCGAGAGGACAAUGAUGUUGAUUACUAUGAGCUGGAUAUCAAUGGGCCAGAGAUACUACGCUGCAAGUAUCAAGUAGCCAUAGCGGAAGCAGGCGAGCUGAGGGAGGAACUUAAGGGAUUAAAGGCGGAGCAUGAUGAGAUUAAGGCAGAGCAUGAGGAGGUACGGGCACGACUUGAGGGACAGGUACGUGACCUUAGUAUCCAAGUAUCUCAGUUGGAGAGCAGCUGCCGUGCAGACCGUGAACAAGUCGCUCGGCUUAAGAAGGAGCUAAAGGAAGUGAGUGCAGUUGCGGGUGAGACAGAGGGCAGUCUUAAUGUUGCCCAGGAUGAACUUGUAGCCUUUAGUGAAGAGCUUGCCAACCUCUACCACCAUGUCUGCAUGUGCAACAACGAAACCCCGAAUCGCGUCAUGCUUGAUUUUUACAAAGAGGGUAAAGGAAGCAAGACUGAAGGUAAAGGCAGGCAAUCUACAUUGACACAAACCAAUGGCAGCACAACCCAGGCACCCAAAACCAACUUCACCUCCGUGGACAGCUUUGCUUCUGGGACACCAGUCGGAGAAGACCCACGUCCAGAGCCAAUGGACAUCUACAACCUUGUAGCUAUAAUUCGGGAUCAGAUCCGUCACUUGCAGAAGGCAGUGGACCGCACCACGGAGUUGUCCAGGCAAAGAGUUGCCUCUCUAGAGUUGGCUGCAGUUGCGGAUAAAGACCAAGCUGCUUGCAUGGAGGAGAUUUUGAAGCUCAAGUCCCUGUUGAGCACUAAGAGAGAACAGAUUGCCACACUAAGGACUGUUCUCAAGGCCAACAAACAGACAGCUGAGGUGGCCCUGGCAAACUUGAAGAGCAAAUACGAAAAUGAGAAGGCUAUGGUCACUGAGACCAUAAUGAAGCUAAGGAACGAGCUGAAGGCUCUUAAAGAAGAUGCCGCCACUUUCUCCUCUCUCAGGGCCAUGUUUGCCACCAGAUGCGAUGAGUAUGUAACACAAUUGGAUGACAUGCAGAGGCAGCUGGCUGCAGCAGAAGACGAGAAGAAGACUCUGAACUCCCUCCUACGUAUGGCGAUCCAACAGAAACUUGCCCUCACACAGCGACUUGAGGAUCUGGAGUUUGAUCACGAGCAAUCCCGACGUGGAUCUGGUGCUGGGACAGGCGGCCGUGGGAAAGCAUCAUCUGGGCGUGGCAGAGGUCCCUCUUCGUUUUCUAGCCCUCACUGAUUUUAUUAGCCCUGGAGAAUAGCCCCAAAACAGUAAUUUCCUUCUUCAAACUAUGCUAUACAUCCAAGAAUUCACAAAAAUCCCUGGUCCAAUUUUGGAAAUGAGAUAUUUGUCCCUGGAUGUGGUUGCAAGAAAAACAGGCUCACAUUUACAACAAGAUGGCCUACUAUGUAAUGUUUAUUCUGACUGUUACUGUGGUAAUUUUCUUCAUCUGUUGAUUUUUCUUUUUUUGUUUAUGUAACUGUGCACUUUUGGUGCAUUAGUUAGUAUUAUGUAAGAAAUGCACAUUUCAUUAUACUAAGCCAAUAUUUUGUUUUGCAAAUGUUAUGUAUUUAACUGAAGAAAUAAUAUAAGAACUAUUGUUGUUUUUUGUUUUGUUUUGUUUUUUUAUAGUAUUUUAGAUGUUUAGUUUCUUAGCAUAAUCCAGGGAGAACAAAAUAUGCGAAAUAGGCCAAUAUAUUUUUCUUGUUCUUAUCAAUGGCCAAACAUUCUGACAUUAUCUUGAUAGACAUAUAGUGAAACUUCACUGAAAGCACAGUGACUUGGACUUGCUCCUAAAAAGUUUGGAGCCAAUUUUCAGAGAUGGUCACAGACGUAUUAAAUUCACGACAUUUCGAAUUUAAAUUCAAAUUUCAACAAAUAUUGCAAUAAGGACAACUUUUUUUUAUUAUUAUGUUAAAAUGCAAUUCAUAUCUGUUUUUAGACGUUGACUUACCUAGUAUCUGUUUUGUAAAACCCUCAUAAGACCUCCUGUGCCUUUAUGCAGUUAUUGCAAGGUUUUUGUUUUCAAAUUUUUUUUUUUAGAGCUAUAGGCUUAAGUUCUCUGUCAGUCUCUCUACAGAUCUAGCCCAUUUGGCUUCGUAACUCUGACAUAUUGCCAGUAUGCAACGAUCAAAUUUGGACACAGUAAUAAAGCACUCCUUUUGAUGGUCAAAGACUGUCGUAUUGUUUGUUUAGACUAACAUUUUAAAAUGUUAGUAGGAAUUAGGUGUUUCAAAAUCAUGCAUUCCUUUGAGUAAUGGUUGCUAAUGGCGAUCACGAUGACUGUCUGAUGACCUUGUUAGUCGUUAUUUUCUUAUUUGUAACCCUACUAUUAAUUUGGAUUUGUUUGUAUUUCAGCAAACAGAAAACUUUGCCUCAGGCCACGUCCACACUAACACGUUUUCAUCUUCUGUCCACACUGAGAUGGCAUUUUUGUCCAGCAUAAAAAGAAGCUUUUCGAAAACGCUUUCCCAAGUGGAUACAUUUGAAAACACCCAUCUUCGUAUUGUAGUGUGGACAGGGAAAGCGAAGAUAUUCGAAAACGAUGAGGUACUUGUUGUCAUGUGAUGCAGUCAUGUGAUCCAUUCAACCCAAAAAAAUCAAGAUGGUGGCCCAUGUUGUAACAGCGUUGUUGUGCCUGCUAUCCACUUUGAUAGCAUUAUUAAAGAUAAAUUAAUAAUUUUACGAACUUCUGGAAAACAUUUGAAAACGGCAGUGUGGGCCGAGAGCGUUUCAACAACGAAAACGCCAUUUUCGAAUUUAUUCGGAUUAAUGUGGUCAUAGCCCUAUUUGUGCCAUUUCAUAUAUGAGACAUUGUAAAGUUUCAGAGUAGUUUUCUUUUUUGGCCACAAAUUAAGUGCAAUUUUAUGCCGUUUCUGGAGUGUAUGCUACAGUUUUCUAUUUGCUGAAAACCACUUCAUCGGCCAUGACAUGGCUUUUUGUGACGUUUUGAGUUUAUUUUUACACAUUUGUAUUAAAUGACCUUGCGUGUUUGUUCAUAUUUAUUCAUAACCUUGGCUAUCAAUUCAGUAUUAAUGACUAGGUUUAUAUGCAUAAUAACUGGCACAUGUGCUGCCACUCUUUGCAUUUCUACUUGAAUUCUUACAGGUACAGGGUAAGCUUAAUUACGCUGCCUCGUCUGUAUUUUUAUUUUAUUUUUUACAGUGCUAAUGACAUGUUGUGAUUUUUCUAAACAUUGUGCUUGACAUUAUAGUUCAUCAUGCGGAAAAUUUUAUAGGCCCAUGUCUGUCUUAUUUCUCAUUUGACAAAAAAACAAUAAAGAAUCUAAUAUAAAAUAUUCAGUUUUGAGUUGCCAACUUUUUAAGUCCUUGACAAAUGUCUUGGACAUUCGUUUUUUUCUAUAAUAUGUAUAUUUUAAACAAUUUAUACAUUUAUAAACAUUUAUACACUCUAUACAUGUUUUAAAUUAGAUAAAGUAUAUAAGUUCUGUUUAAUAAUGUUUAAAAUAGUUUUUAAAAUGAAGUGUAACAUGUCACUACAGGACACCACAUGGACUACUACCCUACUUGGAGGUGUGAGGAUCC